AUGUCUAUAUCAUGUACCAAACGUGUGUCUACUGAAGGCUUUGCAUCAGAUCUUUUAAAAAACGAGCGCAAGACAAUCCAGCCCCUUUUAUUUAAAGCAAGCCAUACCAUUAGCAAUCCUGGCAAGGUACAAGCCAAGGAAAACAGAACCGCAAAGCGUGCUUAUCGUCAACUGCCUACUGAAGUGGUAAUGCAUUUGAUCACCCACGUUUCUUCAAAACGAGAUCUACUGCCACUGAUGGUUCUCAACCGCCAAUUUUAUUUUUGUGUCUACAAGGUUUUUUGGAAAUAUCCUAUUUUCAACAGCAUUCAAAAAUGGCUUAGGCUUUUGCAUGUUCUUACAGCAACGGCAUCAGGAGCGCUCCAUGCAUCAAAGAUUGCCAAUCUAAAUUUUUCAAUGAUUCCAGUCAUGGGCGAUAGAAGUCAGCGUAUUCUUAUCACGAAUUUAAUCCUAGCAUGUCCCAAUAUAACUCAUCUGAAUCUCUACCGUUGCGAGUGGAUAACGGAUACCCUUUUGCAUCAAAUUCCACAGUCAUGCCACAUACUUCGAGUUGUCAAUUUUUCAUACUGCAGACAGGUGUCGGAUGAAACUGUGGCAAUACUGGCACAAUAUUGUCCAUUAAUCGAGUCUUUGAUUUUACGCGAGUGCGGAAAAAUAGGAGAUGCGAGUUUGGAAACCAUUGCAAAGUCUGGAUGGCGGUAUCUUCGACAGUUGAACUUUGCCCAAUGUGGACAUAUUACUGAUCGCGGAUUGGCUUGGAUGGCAUAUAAGCCCACAUCUAACGACUACAACAGGGAUUUUACAAUGCCAUCCACGUCAAUAUGUGAACAUAACACUCGGUUUAAUGAUGUUUUGCAAAAUAAUGAGUCUGAUUCUUCAAUCUGCAUCCAUUUGGAUGAUGCUAAUCCAUAUGACAUUUUUCAUUCCAUCAAUGCAUUUGAACAAAUCACUCAACUCAUUAUAACCAAAUGUUUUCAAGUGACAGAUCAAGGUCUUUAUUCAAUAUCCCAAGGAUGUGGUAAGCUACGCAUGCUAGGCAUGGCUGGAUUGACCGAAAUUACUGCACAUGGUGUAUUAGUUAUUAUAAACCAAUGUGUCGAUCUAUCUAUUUUGAAUGUGCAUGCAUGUCCACAGCUGUCAGCUCAAUGGCUCUCUACCAUCUACAGACAUUCACGUUUGAGGGUAUGUCAUGAAAAACUAAUCAAUCGUCAGUCAAUCUGCAAGCCAAAAGAGAUUUUGUCCACAAAGCAAAGAAAUAGUUAUCAGCAGCAGUUGGAAGGAGCGAGUUUACUCAUCUCUACUGCCUGCGCUACUGAAACACCUCAAAGCAUACACAGCUCCAAUACGACAUAA